GUCCGCUACCGUCGGUCGUCUUCGAGACUUAACUUAUCUCUAUUCAAAUUACGCAAAUUCGGUGUAAAGCUAGCAAUCGCCCACGCUUUAAAAAAGCGGAGGCGAUUUGAGGCUUCACGUGUUCAAACAAGCGCGCGCUUCGACGCAUGCGCACGUAAACUGCGCGCCAUAGAUUAAACAGGAUUUGGGAUAGUGUUGUGAAUGACUAUUAUCGAUGUUUAUGAAUGGAGUGACGUAAUGAUUAGUGUUGUGAUAAAGUAAGCGGGUUUGUUGACAAUGCGGAGUUAUUAGACUAGAAAGAAUGCGGUUAAUGGUAGCCAGUCUACUGUGUCUACUCCCACUGACGUUUGGCGAAUGGCUUUGUCCAGAGCUCAGUGCUCGGCCUUCAGCUGAAUGCUCCUGCGAUCUGCCUCACACCCUGCGCUGUGCUGGAGAUCAUACAGCUCUUCAGAUAAUCGGAAGACAUCUCCGCGAGCAAAAGAUUAGGAAUAAGAACUCGGCUGUGUCUCUCUUGGACUGUGCUCUGCGGGGAGUGACUUCCUUGCCAGCUGCUUCCAUCGCUGAGCUGUCAGGCGUGGGACUUCAUGGACUGGUCAUAUCGUCGGGAGACAUAAAACGAGUGCAGCAAGGUGCUUUCAUUAGUAUCGCUGACACGCUUCUAGCUUUGGGGUUAUCAAAUAACCAGCUGCCCACUGUGCCGUCGGAAUCCCUCAUGAACUUACCGAAUCUGGACAGAUUGGAUCUAUCUAACAACAAAAUACAUACAUUGGAUGCGAACGCUUUUAAGGGCAUCCGAAACAUCACGUAUUUAGACUUUAGUGACAAUCAACUGACAGUUAUAUCACCCGAAGCUUUGAAGCCCCUGGUAAAGCUCGCUGUCUUGAGGUUACGAGGAAACCUUCUCAAAGUAUCUGCCCUUCCAUCCUUAAAGAGCGCACGAGCCUUAAAAGACCUGGAUGUGUCCAGCAAUGCGCUGGAAGGACCUCUGGGACCCACAACACUACCAACUUUAAAAGAACUGUCAACUCUGCACCUCUCCGAUAAUACAUUUGCAAGUAUACGGCGUGGGGCUUUGUCAGGUCUGCCAAAUUUGACUCAUCUCAAUCUGCAUAAUAAUCAAAUAGACGUACUUGAGGAUUACGCGUUCAAGUACUUGGGUAACUUGACGCAUCUGGAUCUGUCGCAUAAUGAAAUUGUCUCUGUCUCAGGUGCUUCGUUAGAGCAGCUCACGAAUUUAGUACAUCUGGAUCUGUCGCACAAUUUUCUCCGCUCUCUCUCCGCGGAACCACUAAUAGGGCUGCGUCAUCUCUCCGAGCUGUUACUCCACGAUAACGAUAUAUCGAUCAUCGAGGAUGGUGCGUUGUCUGAGCAUAUCCACUUGUUGCGGUUUACUAUAGAAGAUAAUCCACUUAAUUGCGACUGCCUAAUGGCCGGCUUUGCAAGAUGGUUGAGGGAGGCAAAAAACGUCUCUCAAUCAGAUAAAUCAUAUGCGGUCUGUGCGACUCCACCUCAUUUAGAAGGCGCUUUACUAUCUCGACUAUCGAAAAAUAAACUUUGCGAUGUAGAAAGUAAAAUGGACCUAAAUUACGAUUAUAAUAAGGUCUUAAAUGAUAAUAUUGAUGAGUACAAUGACAAGCAAGGAUUAGAUGAUGACGCUUAUGAUGAAGAAAUUGACGUGCCCGGUGAAGAGGAUUUGCCGAUUUCUAAAUCUAAGGUUCGUCUCGUCGACGCCUGGUAUGAUGAAGAAGAAGUUCACCUAUCCUGGGCUAUUGAUCCAGCAUCUAGCCACAGACUCAGAUGUACCGGAGUCACAGCAUCCAAAGGAGGUAGUUUGGCGAAGCAUAUAGCUUGCCAUCGAGCACCACCUACCAACGUCAUAUUACGAGGACUCAAGAUUAACCCAUUGGAAUUAUACACGUUCUGUAUAGCUUUAGAAGAAAUGGACUCGGAUGAUAUUCCAAUGGCGCUUGUCCUUGGCUGUGGAACGCCACAGUUAGUAAGACAACGUGCUGCAUAUGUCACGGUUAGAACACUACCACCUACUGUACUACCAGAACCAGACAUCCGGGUUUCAGAAGUUCGUUCAAACAUCACAAGUGACGGAGUACUGAUAGUGCUCAUAUCGGUCAUGGGGCUUCCUGUAAGGUCACAGUACAUCCCACGAUCACAAAGGGUUUCCACAUCAGCGAAAUACUACCCAUUUUAUAACUGCUACGUAAUUUUAGCAGUUCUAUCAAAAUCUUCUUUGGUCGCACAAAAAGAUACACCGUGUCAAGAUACCUUGGAGAUUUCAAUGGAUGGUUUCAUACGAGGCCCUUACGAAGUCUGUGCAACAAUUUCAAGGAGAAAAACUGAUGGACAUCCUAUUUGUAUUGUCCCACAAAUACUAGAGCCUCUUGGUUCUGAAAUUAAAUCUGAUGUCAAAAGCAUGAAUACAGCGUUGAUUGGUGUUGCUUUAGGGCUGAUGUUUCUUGUAAUAGGCUUGGUAUGGUUUGUUAGAAAGAUGCUUAAAAAACCUGUAGAAUUUCAAACUCACAGGUGUUUUAGACCUGAAACGACGCCAGAUGAAACUAGGGCUAGUUAUGUGAUGCUAACAGCUACCUCUAAAGUUUAACCUUGUAAGGCCGGCGGCCCUUAAAAGGACCAAAUAAUCAUAAAUCAUUCAGUCAUUAAGACCAAGAUAUGAAAAUGCAAGUUGCAAUUAACGCCGACGGUACUUUUAGAGGGACUAAAUCUUUGAAGUUCGUUCAAAUUCAAAUACUUCUUUUUUUUCGAAAAUCAAUUCAAAAUAUCAUAAACAAUGCCUCCAGUUAAUUUCAAGCCAACCUGAUAUUGUCUAUAACAUUUAAAAAUCUUUAGUUGAAGUGCUCGGCUUUAAGACUAUAAAAAUUUGAACCUUUAUAGAGUACCGUCGGUCAUUAUAGCAACCUGCUCUCGAAUUACUUUCGGUCUGAGGUUAAGUAUAUAAUGUAAUAUUGUUUUAUAUUAUGUUAAAUUAUACGAUAAAUGAUAAAGUAUCAUUAGAACUCGUUAAAGAACUAUUUGCUUUUAUUCAUUUCGAAAAGUUCAAAUGUUUUCUCAUAAUUGUAUUUACAUUUCGUAUAUUUUGUUUAUCUGUUUACUUUGUUGUUGUUACUAUAAUUAUGUGAAUGUACUAGAUCAUGUUUUAAAUAAUAUCUUUAUUAUAAUUGUAUAAUUUUUAUGGUAAAUUUUAGUUUUUACAUACUAAAUUAUUUAUUAUGGUUAGCUGUAUAGUUACUUCGAAAUUGUUAAAAAAAUAACCCAUAAUUUGUGUUUUACAGAUAGGUAAAGUGUAUGUUUAAUAAUAGGAGUCGGUAUAUUUUGGAAAUUACUAAUUUACUUUGUUUUGAUUUGAUUAUAUUAGUAUUUAUAUAAAAGUUGUUAGUUGUUUCAUUAAUUUUGUAGAUGUAUGUAAAAAUAUUUUGUAUUUUUUGUGUGUUUAAUAUUACUAUGUCCAAAAUUAAAUCAAUGAUUGCUAGAACUGAAGCCUCGUGCCAUAAGAACAGUAAAAAUAAUAGUACCUAUAAGAAUAAUGUUAGUUUGGCACAGUAAAACAAUAAUAUAACAACUCUGCAUUGAGAAAAUCACAACUUCCAAAAUCCCGUUUGGGAAGAACCCAAAAGAGCAUGGGUCAUCACUAACAAUCAUUUGACUCUAUUGAUAUGGAAUUUAUAUUUUAAACAUUUCAACAGGGAUAUCAAUGUAUCACAAGCUCUGCUCGUGUUUUAUAAAGUCUUAAUGAAGUUUACUUCGAAGAAAGAGAGAUAUAUCUGGAAGACGAUGGACAUAUAAACUCGGUACAGCGGGUUUUCCCAGAGAUCACGUAGAUCGGUUUGUUUGGUAAAAUUUAUUUACAAAAUUCACCAGUGGAAGGCUCCUUUGCACAGGAUACCGGCUAGAAUAUGUGUACCACAGCGGUGCCUAUUUCUGCUGUGAAACAGUAAUGUGUAAGCAUUACUGUAUUUCGGUCUGAAGGGUGCCGUAGCUAGUAAUAUUACUGGGCAAAAGAGGCUUAACAUCUUAUAUCUCAAAAUUAUUGGGUUUUACACUACAUUGGCACUACAUUUGGACAGAGCGUGUCAAUAACCAUCAGCUGAACGUCCUACUCGUCUGCUCUGCUACUAUUAAAAAAUAAACCUAAUCCUUAAAUCCAGUAACGUUUUCCGUUAAUGUUUUCCGAAUAUAUAUUACAAGAAUUGGUAGUUAUGAAUUAUUUUUAUCCUGAACGUGUCUGUUGUUUUGAAGGCUAUAUUUUUGAUUGACCCCCCGUUGUAAAUGCUACUCAAUCAUUUCUAAUUCCCUGUAUAAAUUCGGCAUUGACAGAACAAGAAAUUUCAUUAGCUUUCACGUGAAAACAGAAUUGUAAUGACUGAUUUCCUCAUAUAGAACGCACAAUUUUCCCUAAUUCGAAAGCGAUACACGCUUUUUUAGUUACAAGUACAAAAACCUUGCAUGUCAUCUGUUAUCUUUGCCGUUACGUAAAUAAUACAUUGCUUGAAACCAGUAUCUUGUAGACUUCUCCGUAAAUAUAUGUUUUAUAAACAGACUUCUGAUAAGAAGUCAAUCUAAUUAUAGUUAAAGAUAAUUUUAAUUGUUUCCUCUUAAUAUGUAUAUGCCCUGGAAUAUUUUAUUAAUUAACUAGUUGUUUGCUUCGAGUUCGUUGAAUCUUAAUUUAUUCGUACUCGUAGUAUAAGAAGUUUAAACCCUUUGGUUUUCAACAGUAAUAAAGAAAUUGGUUACGCUGUUUACUAUAUAUGUUUUACAUUAUUUUUUUAUAUUCAUCGAAUUUUUUUGUUUCUCAAAGUGACGAACACAAAUUACAAUACUGCUCAGAUUUUUGGUUUUCCUAGAAUCCUGAGCGGCACUUCAUUGUAAUCGGUAAGGCGUAUCAAUAACCAUCAGCUGAACGUCCUGCUCGUCUCGUCCCUUAUUUUCAUAAAAAAAAAUCACGUAAACGUAUUGUUCGUCUCUUUUUGAAAUCCCAAAAUUUCGAAACUCUAUUUGCCACCAUUCUGUUAUUCUUUCUCUCUUAUUACAACUACAUAUUCACUUACAGAAUAUUUGUCACUAUGAACUCCCAAAAUUUCGAGAUUGUCGACAGAAUCGUAAACGCGGGUUGGUUCAUAGAUAACCCUUAAUAAUUACAAAGCGUAGAAUACAACCUUACCUAAAAAUUCGCUCAUAAUAUUUGUGCAGUCAAUUUAUGUUCACAUUUUCUAGAUACAUAACCAAACCAUAUCAACAUUACCGUAACACUUAAAUGAAGGAUUGGUCUCAGCUGCGCUCCAAUUAGAUACCGCACUAGCUAAGAACAACAGCUUUCUUAUUACGACAACUAUUUGACGCUUGUUUGCAUGACAUCUUGACACUCAAUGGCAUCUUUCAAAUUUUGUAACAUAUGCUUCGUGUUAUUUUACAUUGAAAUUAAUGAAGUACAAAAUACUAAUGAUAUGUGAUCCCAUUGCAUUUCCUAUUUCCUGAAGUAUUCUUUUUACAAAGUUUUUUACUACGCAACCCGGCAUUUUAUUUUCAAUAAUUAUUAGCAAAGUUUAACGGUACAUAUUAUCGCACGACGACGUCACACAUUGUUCGAGACUGGCUAGAUCACGCUCACUUGUGCGUUGUCUUAGUUGCCGUACUUUGCGACUACGCCUGCGGUAAAGUGUAAAGCCUUAAGCCGUAAGCCUUAACCAUGAUUUUGGUCUUCUUUGUAUUCACAUAGUCUUUAGAUCAUAACCAUUUAUAAAACCUUGUCAGUAAUAGUAAUAAUUGUGUAUUGUUUGUUUUAUUCUAACAUAGGCUAAGUGUUUUGUAAAUGUUCAAUUAGAACUUUGGUUCUGCUUUAAUUAGCGUAAUUAUUUGUGUAAAUAAUAAUUUGUAAAUUAUAUUUUUUUUAAAUAAAAUAUUAACAAUUA